AAAGAAUCCGAGGGUGGUUUGGGAAAGAAAAAGAAAGGCAAAGGUCGAACUCGAACGAAGCAGAAGAGAAGAUGUCUGGCAAAGGCGCAAAGGGGUUGUUAACUGGCAGUAAAACCCCAGCUUCCGCCAAAGACAACAAGGAUAACAAGAAGAAACCCACCUCUCGUUCUUCCAGAGCUGGUCUUCAGUUCCCUGUUGGACGAAUUCACCGUCUUCUGAAGACAAGGGUGUCGGCGAAUGGAAGAGUUGGGGCAACAGCUGCAGUUUACACUGCUGCUAUCCUGGAGUACUUAACUGCGGAGGUGUUGGAGUUGGCCGGCAAUGCGAGCAAGGAUCUGAAGGUGAAGCGCAUUACCCCAAGACAUCUUCAGCUUGCAAUCCGCGGAGACGAAGAACUAGAUACCCUCAUCAAAGGAACUAUAGCUGGUGGUGGUGUUAUUCCUCAUAUCCACAAGUCUCUUAUCAACAAAUCUUCAAAGGAAUGAGGGUUUAUGGAUAAUUCUGAUCACCAUGGGAAAAGAUGAAUUUUAAUGUAAAUUAUGAUGAUAUCUUUCGAUUUGUGGAUAAUCUGCCCUUAGCGGUACAUUGACUGAACUAUAUCCUUAAGUAAUCUGAAAAUUUCUAGUUUCUUUUAUUUGUAGUGUAUUAACUAACGUGGUAACUAAUGUGCUAUGGUACUGCAUGUAUCUAUGUUGAAAUUAUGGUCAUCUCGUUAAUCCAA